AUGGCCAGGUUGGAUGUCACAGAGAUGUUUCAUGGUAUUUUGUUUCCUGGACACCUGCACACUCAAGAUUCCUUGCAACUUGCUCUGAAAUUUCCAUUUCAGGACACGGAUGUCCUCAUUGUCUCCUAUCCAAAGUCAGGCACCACAUGGAUGCAGGAAAUUGUGACCCUCAUAUCCAGCAGAGGGGACCAGCACUUGUCCCAAACUGUCCCAAACUGGGCUCGGGCUCCCUGGCUGGAGCAACAUUAUUUUGCUGCGGUACUGGAAGCCUCAUCCACCACACCUCGAGUCAUCACCACACACCUGCCUCAUCACCUGCUGGGUCCCGCCCUCCGGGGCUCCAAGGCAAAGGUCAUCUAUGUGAGCAGAAACCCUAAAGAUGUGGUGGUGUCCUUUUACCACUUCCACAAAAUGGCCAACUUCCUCCCUGAGCCCAGCACAUUUCCAGAGUUUUUAAAUCAGUUCUUGGAGGGCACACUGUCCUACGGCUCCUGGUUUGAUCAUGUUAAAGACUGGACCAGUCAGACAGCAACUAUGAACAAUCUGCUUCACAUCACCUAUGAAGAGAUGUCACUGGACCUACAGGGCACCAUAAAGAGGGUAAGCUCUUUCCUCCAAUGGCCUCUGGCGGAGGACGAGCUCUACAACUGUGUGAAACACUGCAGCUUCAGCAGCAUGAAGGACAACAAGAUGGUCAACUACACCCUGAUCGCAGAGGAGAUAAUGGACCAUAGCAAAGGCUCCUUCAUGAGAAAAGGUAAGGUUGGAGAUUGGAAAAACAUGUUCACAGAUGAGCAGAAUCAAUAUUUCACGAGCGUCUUCAAGUCCAAGAUGCACAACUGCACUUUAGAGUUUGUGUGGGAGGAGCGAGAUAAAGAGGAGACACACGGCUAA